GGCCGAGGCUCUCCGUCUAGCCUGGGCGAAGGCUCGCCGCUCAGCCCACCGCGGCGCAGACGAGCGAGCCCAGGCCGAGGGGCUCGCGGUGCUGCAGAGCCUGAAGGUCGGCAACGCGUCCCGCGUGUACUUCGAGAAGGAGUACCUGGACUUCCUGACCUGGGCCCGCUCGAAGGGCCUGUCGGUCCUCGGGCUGGCAUCCAUCGACUCGACCUUCUCCCAGUACCUCGAUUUCCUGUUCUGGGAGGGCCACAAUCACCACAAGGGGGACAAGGCCUUGGCGGCGCUGAAGCACUUCAACCCGGGCCUGGGCUUGACUGCGGCGGCGGCUCUGGAGAGGACCGCCGCCGGGCUGCGGGGCUUCCGCAAGCUGGCGCGGGGGUCGACGCGGGCCCCCAUGGCGAGGGGGCUGCUGUUCGCGGCCGUGGGCGUCGCCCUGCACCGAGGCUGGCGGAACUUCGCCAUCGCCCUGGCGCUCAGCUGGGACACGAUGGUUCGGCUUCCCAGCGAAAUCGUGCAGAUGACGCCCGCGACGCUGGUGGCGCCCGCGCCUCGCUCCGGCCGAGCCGUGUGGAGCCCGCUUCUCUUCCCAGAGGAGUACCAUCAGGUCAGCAAGAUCUUGGGCUGCGACGAGGGCGUCGUGCUGUCAGACUCGAUGUCCGUGGCCCUCGGCGUGGACCUGGCCAGGCUGAAGCGAGGCCGCCCAGACGGCAAGCCGCUCUGGGUCUUCGACGCGAGGGUCUUCAACGCCAAGUCCAGGACGGUUUUCGACCAGCUGGGCCACCAGGACUGCCACCCGUGCCAGGUGCGCCACGGCGGAGCCUCGUACCGAGCCGCAGUCCUGGGCGAGAAGCUCGCGGACAUCCAGGCCAUGCUGAGGCACCAGUCGGACAGCUCGACGAAGCGGCACGCCAGGCACGUCAGGUACUUCGCGGAGGUCGGGAAGCUCAGCCCCGAGGUGGCGCAGUUCGGGCGGGACAUCGACGCCCGCCUGGGCGACCUGCUGCGGGGGCGCAGCUGGCGCGGCGGCGACGCGGGCGGUGCGGCCGAAGUCCUGACGGACGCGGCGGUGCGCCGCCACUGGCGGGCCGCGCUGCGGGCGGCCCUCUCGGGCUCCCGUAGGCACCAGGUGUACCUGGACCUGUUCAGCGGUACUGGCAAGGUUGCGAGUUGGCUCGAGCGGAAGUCCGACUACGCGGUCCUGCGGAUCGACGUGGCUGCCCACCCUGCCUGCGACCUGUCUCGGCGCGUGUGCGGGGCCAUCGUGAUCGGCUGGCUGAGAUCUCGCGUG